AUGUCCUGGAAGCUCGGUUCAAAGAAGUCGUCGAAAGACAGCAAGGACAACGGGGUUAUCUCCCGCUCUGUCACGCCAAUACCCUCCCGCUCGGUGACGCCAAAGCCCCCCGAUGCCCUAGACAGCAACUUUCGCUCGGGUAUGCUCACCGUGCGCAUUUUCUCUGGACGCGGACUAUCCCUUCCAGCUGGCGUACAAACGCCCGAUGUUAUCCAAGCCGCUCUCGAAAACUCUCCGGCUCGCAGAUCAACUGGGCAGCGCGAAAGCAUGCAGCGGAGGCGAUUCUGGUGGUUGCCAUACGUCGUACUUGAGUUCGACAAAAACGAGGUCCUGAUUGAUGCGCUCGGCGGGGAUCUGUCCAAGCCUGAAUGGAGAUACAGAGUUGAUUUCGACGUCUCGCGUAUGUCCAAUAUCUCCGUCUCGGCAUAUCUACGCACUGCCCAAUGCGUGCAGGGCCGAGAUGAUAUGGGUAAUGACUUGCUGAUGGCCCGCGUGGAUCUCACACCCAUUCUGGACAGACAUCACUCUUCAGAUCAAUGGUACGAAGCAACGGCGGGCUCCGGUUCUUUUCACCUCAAGAUCGACUUCAAACCCGCACGUCACGAGUCGCUCACAAUUGAGCAAUUCGACUUGCUCAAGGUCAUCGGGAAGGGGAGCUUCGGCAAGGUGAUGCAGGUCAGGAAAAAGGACACGCAGCGGAUAUAUGCCCUCAAGACGAUUCGCAAGGCAAACAUCGCCUCGCGGCCAGGUGAGAUCACGCAUAUCCUCGCGGAGCGCACUGUCCUUGCCCUCGUCAACAACCCCUUCAUCGUCCCCCUCAAAUUUUCCUUUCAAACGCCCGACAAGUUAUACCUGGUGAUGUCUUUUGUCAAUGGCGGGGAGCUCUUCUAUCACCUGCAACGCGAGGGUAAGUUCGAUGAAGGGCGCAGCCGGUUCUACGCCGCGGAGCUGCUAUGUGCACUUGAACAUCUGCACGGUUUCAACGUUGUAUACAGGGAUCUGAAGCCAGAGAACAUCUUGUUGGAUUAUACUGGGCAUAUCGCUCUGUGUGACUUCGGUCUCUGCAAGCUGAAUAUGUCAGAAACCGAGAAGACAAAUACCUUCUGCGGUACACCAGAGUAUAUCGCUCCAGAAUUGCUCGAGAACCAGGGGUACACUAAGACGGUCGACUGGUGGACUCUCGGCGUAUUGCUAUACGAGAUGAUGACCGGUUUACCACCAUUCUACGACGAGAACGUCAACACCAUGUACCAGCGCAUUCUGGAGGAUCCGUUACUGUUCCCUCCAGACAUGCCUCCGGAUGCGAAGGACGUGAUUAGAGGCCUACUGCAACGGGAUCCAGCGAGACGCCUGGGAGCCGGCGGCGCGGAGGAGAUCAAGCGCCACCCAUUCUUCUCAAAGCACAUUGAUUGGUAUCGACUUCUCGCGAGGAAGAUACAGCCACCGUUCAAGCCCAGCGUGGAAUCUGUUCUGGACGUUGCCAACUUCGAUUCAGAGUUCACCGCAGAGGCGCCCCAGGACUCGCACGUCGACGCGACGCCGCUCUCGGAGACCGUGCAGGACCAGUUCCGGGGGUUCACGUACAACCCUGGGAACGAGUACCUGAGCGAGAGCGUCAGCUACCCUAGCGUGAUGGGCUAA